CGUGUCCGGGUCCGGGAGCGCGCACGGUCCGCGGGUGGGGGAUGUGCGGGUGCGGGAGCGCGCACGGCCCGCGGGUGGGACUGGGUGUUCCUGACAAGAUUCUGUUUCCUGUCUGACUAUGGGAGGCUACAAUUCUACUUCAAAUACCCAGAGGCGAAAUGCUGCCAGAACAUACUGCUUUACUUCGAUGAGGUGACACAGUGGCCUGCUGUCUACCAGAAAGAUACCUGGUCAGAUUGUUAUGAGAAGGAAUCUGUGCUGCGAGCAGAUAAUAAUCAGGUUAUCAACCUCACGACACUCUACACCUGGUCUGGCUGUGAGGUGGUACAGGAGGGGGUGACGAGUUACCUCAGCUGCCUGGGGGGUCGAGGAUUUCGCUCGGUCCGAGAACGAUGGUGGUACAUUGCCCUGAGCAAAUGUGGGGGCACGGGGUUGGAGCUCGAGUAUGAGAUGACUCUCACCAAUGGCCACUCCUUCUGGACCAAACAGUUUUCGGCUGAUGAGUUUGGGAUACUGGAGACGGACAUCACAUUCCUGGUGAUUUUCAUCCUCGUCUUCUUCAUCUCUGCAGGGUUUGGUUAUCGGCUGAAGGUUCGCUUGCUCCUUCACACCACGUACAAAAUGUUCAUGACAGCAGCUGGACUGGAAGUUCUUAGUCUGAUCUUUUUCUGCCUGUUCUGGGGGCAAUACGCAUUGGAUGGGAUUGGAAAUCACACCAUCAAAAUCCUGGCGAAGCUGCUGUUUUCCCUGAGCUUCCUGACGUUCCUGUUGAUGCUGAUCCUGCUGGGGAAGGGUUUCACUGUCACCAGAGGGAGGAUCAGCCGAAGUGGAUCUAUUAAGCUGACUGUCUACAUGACACUGUACACGAUGACCCACAUCGUCCUCCUCAUCUAUGAGGCAGAGUUUUUCGAUCCAGGUCAGGUGCUGUACACCUUCGAGUCUCCGGUGGGUUACGGUCUGAUUGUGCUGCAGUUUGUGGCCUAUGCCUGGUUCAGUUACGCAGUCUACACCACCCUGAAGCACUAUCCAGAGAAGCAGAGCUUCUAUAUCCCCUUCUUCGCAGCCUACACUCUCUGGUUCUUCGCUGUGCCCGUCAUGGCCCUCAUCGCCAACUUUGGAAUCCCCAAGUGGGUCCGAGAGAAGAUCGUCAACGGGAUCCAGCUGGGAAUCUACCUCUACGCCCAAGUUGUCUUUCUGGUGAUCACACGGCCAUCGGCUGCCAAUAAAAACUUCCCCUACCACAUCCGCACCUCCCAGAUUGGCACCGCGGAGGCCAGUUUCGACAAGUUCUCUCACCAGGGCUACGGCAACUCCAACGCCGGGGGGGCAGCCUCAGCCCCCAACUUCACCGAGCUCUUCUCCAUUGGUGCCGUCAACGGGCCCCGCACCGCGGAGAGCCAGGAGACGCAGUUGACUACAAGCAAGGUUUUGGCUGGUCUGCCGUCUCCAAGCCCACCGAUGGAGCCUGAGCCCCUCAGCACGUACCCCCCACCUUAUUACAAUCAUUUGGGAGAGUACAUCCGUGUGCAGGCUCUCAGCAAAGUGGGGGUCACUGUCCCCACGGAGGUGGCAUCAAGGGAAAUGUGUUAAUGGCAGCACGCUCUGUAUGUUCCCGGGCUCACUGUGUCUCUCUCCAUGACCUUAUCAACACCCCCAACUGAUAGAGGCUGUAUCUAACCCCGUGCUGACCCUGGGAGGGUUUGUUGGGGGCCAGUGUAGAGGGAGCUUUAGUCUGUAUCUAACCCCGUGCUGACCCUGGGAGGGUUUGAUGGGGGCCAGUGUAGAGGGAGCUUUACUCUGUAUCUAACCCCGUGCUGUCCCUGUCCCUGUCCCUGAGGAGUGUUUGAUGGGAGGUCAGUGUGGAGGGAGUUUUACUCUGUAUCUAACGCCGUGCUGUCCCUGUCCUGGGAGUGCUGAAGUGGCAGGACAGGGUAGAGGAAGCUUUACUCUGUCCCAAACCCAUACGAACUCUGGUCUCAGAGAUAAUAAAAGCUGAUGUUUCGGGCCUCUCCACCUAUCUUCUCCUCUAUCCAUCUUCAGUCCGCCUCCUCCUCUCCGAUGAAGGGUCUAGGCCCGAAACGUCAGCUUUUGUGCUUCUGAGAUGCUGCUUGGCCUGCUGUGUUCAUCCAGCUCCACACUUUGUUAUCUCUAACACUGGUGUCACUGGGAGAACUUGGUGUGUUUGGGACACAGUGCUCGGGUCUGCCUGCCCCAGUAUUUUGUGUGUCCGUGUCCACGCCCUGGAGAUCGUGCCGAUUGGGAAUAGUACCAAACUGUAAAUACACUCAACAUCGUGGAACAUGAGCUGUGUUUUUGGGGGAUUUGCAGUGUGUGUAAAACAUUAAUGUCUACCCCUCUCAUAAACCUGCCAUGUGGGUGUGGGUGGGGGAGGAGGGUGAACAUGGGUUCACUUUCUGUGUGUCACUGCACAGUGGGGGGAGAGUGGGUGACUGGGUCAGACGCAGACCCGGGGUGAGAGUCUGUCUGAGCCCGCUGCUGUUAAUAAAGGAUUGUCGGUGUAA